AAAGAAAACCGAAACUCUCUCUGUGGCAUGUAAACUUUGAGCUAUGACAGAACUUGUGGACAUGAAACUACUCUCCUUUUGCACUUGACGGCAAACAGCACACUAGCACGCUGUCAGCUUGUUUUCCGAAGGGGUUCGAGGACAAUAUCAGCCACUGUUAUGUCGCGAGUGACAUCUGAUUUGGAGUAUAAAACACUAGCGGAGUGUAACUAUUGCUUCCCAGCGGAAGUUCUGGCUGAUGUCAGGGAGGUCACAUCAGCUUUUCCAGAUCUGCAGCUGCAUGUGGACUAUUACUAUUAUCCGAACAAUGACAGAAAGAAGCUGGUCCAUUUGCGUGGCACCGUCCCUAUUGCGUAUGAAGGUAACAAAUACAACAUCCCAGUGUGCAUCUGGAUCCACGAGACCCACCCUCAGAACCCUCCACGGUGCUACGUCUGCCCUGCCCCCUCCAUGGUGAUUAACAGCAGGAGCAGCAGUGUGGAUGCCAAAGGCCAUGUUCUUCUUCACUGCCUCAGCAACUGGAAGACUGGUUGGUCCAACCUAUCCAUUGUCUUGGAGGAGAUGGUUUCGGCAUUUCAACGGGAAACACCCCUUUUCGCCACUUAUCCAGUUAGAGCUGCCAAACUACCUCCUGGCAAAGAACAUCCACCUGUGGAAUGGCAGGAUGGUCCCAAACCUACUUCAGCUCACGGCAGCACUAACUCAGUGCAGAGGAAGUCCUCUCAUCCUGAAAUGUCCUCAUCAUCAAUGACCCAGUCUACCAGCAACACUCUGCCCAAAAGUGCAAGGGGCGCAGGAGAAGGGAGCGGUGUAAAGCGAUCCUACACACAGGAGUUGCUGGACUUUGGAAUUACAUUUGGCACGUCUGAUGUCCAGGACAACCCUCCAACAAACCCAUUCAUCACCAGCGCCACUGCUCCGAACACAAAUGUCUCCAAUCCAGAUGACAUCGACAACCUGUUUAAAAGCCUUCAGCUGGAAAGGGUUGUCAACAUUUAUCAGCUUGACCAGAAAGACAACGAUAUCCCACGUGCCUGGAGAUGUGAUGACAGUCGCUUUGCCCAGCCAGGGUUGUUGGAUAAUCGGCAUAGGGUGUUGGUCAGCCGCCUCCCCACGGGAGUCUCUCCUAACAGGAUGAAGAAUAAGCUCACUAUUUACUUCCAAAGGAAGCAGAAUGGUGGAGGGGAGGUUGUGGCGGUGACAUACCCUUUUGCCCUGCCAGAUCAGGCCGUGAUUACCUUCAGACACUACAAAGAUGCAGAGCAUGUCCUAAAAGAACCAAGACGGGUCAUCACGGUGGACGAACAGCAAAUUCUCAUCCAGCUGAAAAAGUUUCAGGGUUCUCAGGUACCAGUCCCGGAAGGCAUUGGGGGAGAGAAAGCCGAGAUGUUCAGGAGCAUCCUGAGCCUGGAAGGCUGCAGUUUCAGCCCUACCGACGUGCUGGAAGCGGUGCAGGCGUGCCGAGACCUCCCGUCCGCACUCAAAUACCUCUCUCAUGACUGCCCCAUCUGCCAGGAACAGAUGUCCUUCAGUAAGAUGAUCACCAUGACACACUGCUCAUGUACAUUCUGUGAAAGCUGCUUCAAGGCCUACUUCUCAUCCGUUAUUAAAGAGAAGAGCAUUGUCCAUGCGGUUUGUCCACUGUGUAACCAGCCUGAUGUGCGCGGGGCAGGACGCAGGGAGGAGUCCAUGGAGUACUUCAGUCUAUUGGACACGCAGAUCAGGCAUUAUCUGGACCCCCAGACCCACGAGCUGUUUCAAAGGAAGCUGAGGGACCAGGCUCUGCAGGAGAUGCCAAACUUCCGCUGGUGUGCUCACUGUUCUUUUGGGCUCCUCCACGAGGCUGACAGACUGAGGAUGGAUUGUCCCAGUUGUGGAAAGAGCACAUGCUUUAAUUGCAAGAAUCCUUGGGCUCCUCAACAUGAAGGACUUUCUUGUGAGAAGUUCAGAGAGUGGCAGCUGCUCAACAGCCCUGAAUAUCAGAACUCGCGACUGGAGCUUCUUCUCAGCAGGAACAAAAUAGAUUGCCCAAAAUGCAAGUUCCGGUUCUUUCUGUCUAAAGGUGGUUGUUUACAUUUUAAAUGCACUCAGUGCCAGCACGAGUUCUGUGGAGGCUGCAGUCGACCUUUCAGAAACGGCUCUACGUGUGAUUUCUCAGCUGAAUGCAGCGCUAAGGGGUUACAUGCCCACCACCCCAGGGACUGUCUGUACCACCUCAGAGACUGGAGUGUGGCCAGAUUGCGCAAUCUGCUGCAGCACCAUGGAGUUGCGCAUCCACUCAUAUUCAGACAGAGGGACGGCUCUGCGGGGAGCUCUCAGAGAGGUGUGUGUACUGUGUUGGAACUCAAAGAGACGGGCAGCAUGAGAGAAGAGGCCUGUGGACGUGUGGCGUUCAAAGAAUAUAAUGGUUACUGCACCCUGCAUUACAAGGAGUGUCUGGUGGAGCUGAUCAACCAGAAUGGACUGGAUCCUGUGGUGCUGUUUGACGAGUCAGAACUGCGGGCAGAACUGGACCGGUGGAAGGUUCCCAUCCCGGACAAACAGCCUCACGAAUCAGAAAGGCUGUACAAUGAGCGCCUACGGCAGAUCCUGAUGGAAAGGGUUGGUUUGUCUCGUGCUGCUGCUCCAGGACUAAAACCCCUGGCUCCUCCAACACCGUCCCCCUCUCCCUCCUCCCCCCCGGCUGCUGGCGCACCAUGGUACUCUGUGCUGAACCCAAGCAGAUCUGUACCCGAGGACUCCCAGCUGCUGCUGCUGCUGAACGACUAAGACCGGACCUUCAUCACACGCACCAAAUACACCCACCCUGCCAGUGCGGCCAGCACCAACUAGGUCCUGUCUUACUCACAAACCAUGAGUAGGUCUGAGGUUUUGUUGCAGCUGAAGAGUAACACACCUGAUCAAGCUGGAGCAGUAACCUUCACUGCUUACCCAUGUUAUGUGCAGUACAGUCUGUAAGUAUUUGCACCAUGACAUAUUUUUGUUCUUUUGGCUUAAUAGUCCAGCACAUUGGGUUUGACAUUAAACAAUGACCAUCAGGAUAAAGUGCAGAAUGUCAGCUUUACUGUAAGGCAUUUAUGUCUGUAUUUGGUGAAUGUAUGUUUUGUACAUAAAUACCCACUGAUGAACCGUGAAUAUUAAAGCUAGCUUUUCAGUUCAAGCCAUAAAUAUAUCAAAUAUCAAAAAAAAAAAAAACAGCUCUACAAUAAUAAUUUCUGCUGGAGCCCUUAUGGAAUUCUAUUUUCCAUUUGUUUGCACUGAACCAAUGGCAAUUCACAUGAAUAUACAGGGUGAUUCAAAAAGAUUAAUCCGAUUUCAAAAUGAUUUAUUUCACUUGUAAAUCGAUACCGAACAAUGCAGUAAAUUGUAAACGGUUUAAGUGAGGAUAAAGUUUAUGCCAUUUUACAAGUGCUCAAUAUGAACCUCCUCCAGCUGUACAGACAACAUCAACGCCAUAGUCAAAUUCAUCCCAUACUGGAUUGAGCUCUUUUAGUGUGAUUUCGGAGAUCACCCAGUGUUGUGGAACCAACGACGAACACUCUGAACUGUUGGAGCUUCACUGCCGACAAAAAUCACAUUGCACAGUUAUGCUGGAUACACUCUUAUUGAAGUGGAGAACGCAAAACGCUUUCUGCUCAGGGGUCACAUCUCCUCGCAGACUGAAGGGAGCCAUCUUCUGGUGACAGUCAGAAACUUUUACGUUGGUAUGUGAUUGGUUCCUAGGCGCCUCACGGCUGUAAAAAAAUAGCGCUUUGAAAUUGGAUGAAUCUUUUUUUAAUCAUCCUGUAUUUUGGCCAUUCAAGUAAGCAUGGACAAUUGGAGCUAAAAGACAUUUCUUGUUUUACUUGAAGUUUUUAUCAGACAUAUUUUAUCUGUUUUACCUUGUAUGUAGCAGUUUUACAGUGACACUUUCAGUGAAGCAUAGAACUUCUGCAGUUUCCUUUCUUAACAACUGACUGAAACCUGGUUAGACCACAGCUCGUCUUCCCAGCAGUGACUUAUGUAAAACUUCCUGAAUGCCUAGAGUGAUGUCGUUCUUGCCACAACCAAUAUAAAUCAAAAUCUGAUUGGUUGAUUCCACUGUCAGUUUCUUUAUAUUCUGGUAGUCAAGCUAAUGUUCAGCUCCUGAAGUCCUAACCAACAGGAGAGCUUGUUUUCUGCUGGACAUUUCAGAAAUUGUUUAAAUACAGGCGUGAUGAUUCUAUUUGAAACCUCAUGAUGUCCUGCUUUACUGCCACUGACUGCCACUAACUCUAUAAAGUGAAUAAAUGUAAUGCAUGAUCUAAUAAUGUGACAGAUCACAAGUGGACGAGAAACAUCUGAGCAACCAACUGUCUAAUAACUUUUUAUUUGCUAAAACUGGAUGACAGUUGACCCAAUAUGGAUGUUCGUACCCUCAAAUUAAAGCUGACAUUCUGUCCAUUAUCCUCACAGUCACUGUUCAGUUUCAAAUCCAACAGGACAAAGCCAAACCAGCUAUAAUUGUUAUUGUCCUAAUACUUACUGACCUGGCUGUGUUCUCUCUUCAGUGCUAUUUUAAUAUGUUAAUAAGGACAGAGUGAAAUUCCCUGAUCUGGGUUGCAGAGCAAUGAUCUGAAUCAUGCUGUAUAAACUCAACCAGGUGCACUAACUCUGCUUUAGCCCUUAAAACUACAGUAAAGCACUUACCAUAUUAAAAUAACUCUCAAUUUGUUAGAGUCUGAUUCCAGCCCUGCAGAUGUUUCAUAUUGUGAGAGUUUUUUAGAGAAUAACUGUGUUUUAACUUGUAAAUUGUUAAUGUGCAUGAAUGCAGUUUAUUGAGCACAGGAAUGCACUUUUUGAUGUCAACUGAGUAGUGGGUGUUUAAAAAAAUGAGUGCUGCAGUGAAGACAUUAUGCCAACACUAUUAAUAUUUUAUCUUUAACUUUGUGAAUAACUGUGAAAAUAAAAGGUUUAUUUUUUUUACUGU